AUGCGGGGGUUCUUUUCUGUUCUGCUGCUGGGCAUUGCGAGUCUGGUCCACGCGGCCAGUUUCUCGGGGAACAGGCUGCUGGUGGUGCUGGAGGAGCAGAGUGAGCGCGAGAAGUACAGCGUGUUUUUGGGGGAUUUGACGGCUCGAGGCUACACUACAACCGUCGAAUCGCCAAAGUCUGACAAGGUCGCCCUCUUCAAACACGGCGAGCGAGCUUACGACCACGUCCUCCUCCUCCCCGCCAGGUCGAAAGGCCUCGGCCCUGCCCUCACUGCGAACCAGCUCCUCGACUUCGUGAAGAAGGACGGAAACCUCCUCGUUGCCCUGUCCAGCCAGUCUGCGACGCCCACGGCUGUCCAGUCGCUGCUCGUCGAACUCGACAUCAACAUCCCCUCCGACAAGGGUGCUCUGGUUGUGGACCACUUCAACUACGAUUCUGCCUCUGCCGCCGAGAAGCACGAUGUUCUGCUGCUCCCAUACCCGGCUGCGCUGAGGUCGGACGUCAAGAACUACUUCGCCGGAGAGGGAUACAUUGCGGUGCCGCGCGCCGUGGGCCAGACCCUUGGAAACGCAUCACCCCUCCUCUCGCCCAUCUUCCGCGCCCCGAGCACGGCGUACAGCUAUAACCCCAAGGACGAGGCUGACAAUGUCGAGGACCCGUUCGCGGUUGGAGAGCAGAUGAAUCUCGUCUCCGCGAUGCAGGCCCACAACUCGGCACGCUUGACUGUCGUUGGCUCGGCUGAGAUGCUGCAGAACGCCUGGUUUGCGGAGAACGCGAAGCUUGGCGGCAAGGCCGUCAAGACUGCCAACCGCGACUUUGCCCAGAAGCUGUCCGCCUGGACUUUCAAGGAGUCAGGCGUGCUGAAGAUCGGCAAGGUUAUCCAUUAUCAGGAUGAGGGCGAGAGCAAGAAGUUGAACGCUAGCUCUGCUGUUCCUGAGCACAACCCCACCAUCUACCGCGUCAAGAGCGAUGUCCACUUCCAAGUUGAGAUCUCCGAGUACGCCGACGGCCACCUCGUUCCCUUCGUCCCCGCUGCCAACGACAACAUCCAAGUCGAGUUCAGCAUGCUCUCGCCCUUCCACCGCGUCAACCUCUCCCCCAUCUCCCAAACCGCAAACGCCACCAUCUUCGGCGCCGCGUUCAAGACGCCAGAUCAGCACGGCAUCUUCAACUUCCGCAUCAACUACCGCCGUCCCUUCCUCACCAACCUCGACGAGAAGAGGCAAGUCACUGUCCGCCACUUCGCCCACGACGAGUGGCCGAGGAGUUGGCAGAUCAGCGGUGCCUGGGUUUGGAUCGGUGGGAUCUGGGUCACGGUUGCAGGCUGGUUGGCGUUUGUGGCCGUGUGGCUGUACAGCGCGCCCACUGAGCGGAGCGUGAAGAAGACGCAGUAAGGAAAAAAUCAGGCGCGGUUUGUUUGAUGCCAGUAGGGGUCGGGUUACGUUUGAAGAGAUUCCCCCAUGUGCGAUGAGCUACAUGUAUAUUAUGGAGUUUGGGUCGCCAAUUGAGCAAGUGGGUAAAAGCUGGAGGUGGAGAUGUGAGGGUUAUCUGUUGUCUGCGAGAGCGUUGCGUUGUAUCGCAAAGUUUGUGUGUCUAAGUGGGGGAAUAUGAAUGUUACGCUGUCGAACUCUGGGUAGUGAGUGAAUAGCAUCUUGAGUCAAGAAAGAUGUGUGUUGAGUUUCUACACCUAGAAUAUAAAAUCAUGUUAAUAUAGCAUACAAAGCACACAAAACCGACACGCAAAGCCGACACCCUCAUAUCACCCAGCAG